GUUGAACUAGCAAAACCAACCUAUAUUUGUUGUUGUUUUUAAAAACACUCUGUUCUCUGCUCUGCGUUUUUGUUAUAUUAGAUUUAUCAAAACUAAACUAUGGCGGCUAAGCAGUACUAUUUUGUUUUGAUUUUGAUGAUGUUAUUAAGAUCAGGUGGUGUUUCAGGGCAACUUAUUAUAGGGAAUAGUAGUGAUGAUGGUGAUAAUGGGAUGAUGAGUAGUAGUAGUAGUGAAAUGGUUCCAGCCAUGUUCAUAUUUGGAGAUUCUCUCAUUGACAAUGGCAACAACAACAACCUUCCUUUAUCUUUUGCUAAGGCCAAUUACUUACCUUAUGGUAUUGAUUUCAAGGGUGGACCUACUGGUCGUUUCUCCAAUGGCUAUACCAUUGUUGACCAAAUAGCGGAAAUGCUAGGACUUCCUCUGAUUCCUCCUUUCUCUUCUACUAAUGGAGAUCAAGCACUUCAUGGAGUCAACUACGCUUCAGCAGCAGCUGGAAUUCUCGACGUAACAGGCCGAAAUUUUGUGGGUCGCAUACCCUUUAAUCAACAGAUAAGGAAUUUCGAGAUUACAUUAGAUCAAAUAACAAAUAAUCUAGGGGCUGUUGACGUGGCACAGUCCCUUGCCAGCUGUAUCUUCUUUGUUGGAAUGGGCAGCAACGACUAUCUUAAUAAUUAUCUCAUGCCCAAUUACCCGACCCGAAAUCAGUACAACGCCCAACAAUUUGCUGAUCUCUUAGUUCAACAAUAUUCUCAACAACUCACAAGACUAUAUAACCUUGGAGCUCGAAAAGUAGUUAUCGUUGGGCUAGGGCUAAUGGGCUGCAUACCAAGUAUCUUGGCCCAAAGCCCAAGUGGAAGUUGCUCAACUGAAGUGAAUCAACUUGUGAUGCCUUUUAAUGCAAAUGUGAAGAUUAUGAUUAAUAAUCUUAAUACCAAUUUACCAGGAUCUAAAUUCAUAUAUGUUGACACUGCACAUAUGUUCCAAGAUCUCCUCGCUAAUUCCACAUCUUAUGGUUUUAGUGUUAUAAAUCGUGGUUGCUGUGGGAUUGGAAGGAACAGAGGCCAAAUUACAUGUCUGCCAUUACAAACACCAUGUCCAAACAGACAAGAAUAUAUUUUCUGGGAUGCAUUUCACCCAACUUCAGCAGUAAACAUCAUCAUGGGAAAAAAAGCUUUCAAUGGAGAUAACCGUAAUAUUUAUCCUAUCAACAUUCAACAACUUGCUAAUCUUAAAAUUCCAACUACUACUAAUUAAUUAAAUAAUUAUGUAUUGGAAAAUUUAUCUGUUAUGAUGUAUUUCAUUUCAAUAAUAUAUAAUUGUAUUUGUACUAUAUAUGUACGUAGAAACAUUUGCUUGAUCAAUCUCGAUCAAAGACAAUUAAUAUUGUUCUGAGAUUAUUAUUAUUAUUAAUUUAUAUCAAUGUGCUUUUAUUACAUUAAGAAGAAGAAUAAA